GCACUUGGGAAGCCAGCUAGUCGUCUAUCUGAACCCGUCGUCUUCCCUUCUUACGUCUCUUGGGAAGCAAUGGAUCCUGGGAGUUGUGGUCUUUUGAAUUCAUGCAGGUUACUCUGCCUCCCUCUACUGGUAGCCCUUGAAAGAAACCGGAAAGCUGACUGGGGAAGGGAUCUACUUUGUGAGGAUCUCGCGGUUCCAACUGUUUGAGAGCCCAUCGCUUUGCUCGUCGUCUCAUGGCUGGUUCUCUGAGAUUUCUUAGUCCCCUUCUGGGUUGGAGAUUUGCCGCUGCAGCAAAGCCCCUUUACUCCAGCGGGCAGCCUCAGCGGGGUCAUCGCCUCACUCCUUCUGAUGAUGAGAUGUACCAGAAGACGACCAUCCAGCGCUUGGAAAGCGAAUCCCAAGACAUCAUGUUUAUUGAAAGUUACAAUGCCUGGGGCUUCACCAUCAAUGGUGACAAGGUGGUAGGGCCUUGUGUUGUCUUGCCAAAAGCCAUCCUCCAAUGGAAUGUUGGCACAUACAAGGAUAUCACGGCUGAGAGUCUCACACUAUUUCGCCUGCUGGAACCCAGGAUAGAAAUUGUUGUGCUGGGGACAGGAGACAAGGUGGAGCGGCUGGAUCCUGCUCUCUUGAAGCUAAUGCGGCAAUGUGGGAUUGCUGUAGAAGUCCAGGACACGCCCAACGCCUGCGCAACCUUCAACUUCUUGACAAGUGAGCGGCGAGUGGCAGCUGCUGGCCUCAUCCCUCCUCCUGGUAUUGGACAGCGUGGUAGUGUAGCAGUUGGCUGACACUCUGUGGGCAAGACCAUGGGGAGGAAAAGACUGUGGCAGGAGAGAGGAAACCCCUUUUGGUUUUCUGCUGCAUUUUGAACUACGGAGGCUGGGGGUCCCUCAUGCUGGAGGCUGUCAGAUGAGAGAACUGCACUACAGUUUUCCAGCCUUGAGUAACGUGUGUAACAUUAAUAUUGGAGCAUAAAGUGUAUAGGCCAGAGUGAAGAAUAAACAUGAAACCACAUAA